GACUGAUUCGUUUAAUGGGCCUGGUGUUAGCCAAAAGCUAGCCACCAAUUUUCUUUGCUUUAUCCUAUUACAUUAGAAUAAAAAGAAAAUGGAGGUUUGAGAGGGCCAUUGGGACCAUUAUCAGUUGUCUUUUGUUUUCAAGUUGUAAGAAGUCCCUUCAAGGUUUAUGUCAUUUGCUAUGUUGUUUCUGUUCCAUUUUCAGUUCAAAGAGUGGUAGAGUAGAGGAGGCAUGGCUCAGACAUUUGGGUGCAGCUCUGGAGAUAGUAGAUGGUCUCUCAAGGGAAUGACUGCUCUUGUAACUGGUGGAACUAAAGGAAUUGGGCAUGCAAUUGUGGAGGAACUGGCUGGAUUAGGAGCAACCAUACACACGUGUUCUCGAAAAGAAACCGAGCUCAAUGAAUGCUUGAAGGAUUGGAAAGCUAAAGGUUUUGGAGUGAGUGGUUCAGUGUGUGAUGUAUCCUCUCCGGCCCAAAGGGAGAAGCUAAUGGAGACUGUGUCUUCUGUGUUCAAAGGGAAGCUGAAUAUACUUGUCAACAACGCUGCUAUUGUUAUUCAGAAACCAACAGUAGAGGUCACGGCAGAAGAGUUCUCAACAAUCAUGGCCAUAAAUUUUGAAUUAUAUUAAAUUUGAUAUUAUAAAUUCCUAAUUAAAUUUUAAAA